AUGGUCGCCCUCACCUCGAUGCCGAACAUCAUCUUCAUGAUGGCUGAUGAUCAUGCUGCCAAAUCCAUAUCAGCUUACGGCGCUGGUAUCAACCAAACGCCCAACAUCGAUCGCAUCGCGAACGAGGGAGCUCGUUUCGAUCACUGCUAUGUCACCAACUCAAUCUGUACACCCAGUCGUGCUGCCAUAUUAACUGGCAUGCACAGCCAUACGAAUGGAGUCUUUACGUUGGACGAUAAGAUCAACAACAAGAUGCCCAAUGUGGCAAAGUCCAUGCGUAUGGGUGGCUACCAGACGGCGAUGAUCGGGAAGUGGCACCUCGGUGAAGGCGAGGACCAUCAGCCUACCGGCUUCGACUACUACUCUGUAGUUCCGGGACAGGGAAAUUAUUGGGAUCCCAUCUUCAUUGAUAACGGGAACGAGACUCAGUACGAAGGCUACGCUGUCGACAUUGUGACAGACAAGGCCAUUGAAUGGCUCGAGCAGAGGAACGAAUCGCAACCCUUCUUCCUAAUGUACCAUCAAAAGGCCCCACACAGAAGCUGGGAGUGGCACCCAAGAUAUCAGGAUUACUACACGGAUCCCAUCCAGCUGCCCGACACCUUCACCGAUGAUUACAAGAACCGGGCCAACGCCGCGUCGGCAACAGAUAUGCGAGUUGCUGAUGACAUGACAUAUUUCGACCUGGGCCUUGUUCAACCUGAAGGCGGCCACGAGGUCGGAGAACUCUUCUACCCUGGCAAGUCGACCGAACGCAAGGUCCCCAACCCGAGCAACACCACGGCGCUCCAGGCGCUCCGUCUUACCGACUCGGGCACUGGCGAGGUCUUCAGGUUCCAGAACCAGACGGAACUGGCAAACUUCAAGUUUCAGAGAUAUAUGCAGCGGUACUUGCGCGUGGUUCAAUCUGUCGACGACAAUGUCGGGCGCAUGCUGGAUUGGCUCGAUGAAAAGGGUCUGACGAAUAAUACUCUGGUGAUGUAUACUUCGGACCAAGGAAUGUUCCUCGGUGACCACGGCUGGUUUGAUAAGCGCUUUAUCUACGAGGAGUCUUUCCAAAUGCCGCUGGUUGCACGCUAUCCUGCGGAAAUCAAAGAAGGUACCGUUAUCAAAGAUAUUGUACAGAACGUUGACUUUGCUGCAACAAUGUUGGAUAUUGCGGGACUCCAAGUGCCAAGCUACAUGCAGGGCCGAUCGUUCCGGGAGGUUCUCCAAGGAGAAACGCCUGAGGACUGGGACCAGUUGGCCUAUCACAGAUACUGGAUGCACCGAGACCCGAUUCACAACGCAUAUGCGCACUACGGCGUGAGAGAUACACGGUACAAAUUGAUCUACUGGUAUAACGAAGGCUUUGGCCUUCCAGGCACGUCAACUGGCGGCGAAGAAAAGCAGUGGGAGCUUUUCGAUACCCAGGAGGACCCCUUUGAGCUCUUUAAUGUCUUCAAUGAACCUGCAUAUGCAAGCGUGGUCACGGAGAUGAUGAGGAAGCUGGAGAGGAAGAUGACGGACAUUGGUGACGAGUGGGUGCACGAUCCUGACAUUGCAGUCGCUUCGAACGCCACCGUAACGCCAUCCUCGGAAAUGAGGCGGGCGAAGCUCAGUGCUGUCAACCACUGA